CAGUAUCGACCCACAUCCUCCUCUCGUUUUCUCAUCAUUCCCCCACCUUUGCCUCCCCUCUUCUCGCCACCUUUUCCCGCCCCGUGUCGUCCUCUCCCGUCCUCCGAGCGGCCUCCUCAGCGGAGGAUCUUCACACGCCACAGGAGCUGGUAGGUGUGCUGAGGCCCGUCUACCUCCCUUCCUCCCUCCUUCCUGCAGCACAGGCAAGACAUCACGUUCUCCGUCGAGGACCGUUGGAGAAGUGAGCGUGCGAGGCGAUGAUGAUUCCAUCACCAUUCAUUUCACCUUCCGUCUCCCCACUUCCUCCUGUCCUUUUCUCACCCUUGCAUCCGUUAACUUCUCCCCCCAAGCUCAGUUUCCACACCUCCCCGUUUCUCCCUCUCCCCGCCGGUCACCCAGGAUGCCUAGUUCCAAGCCCUUCCGCUAGGCCCUAGCAGCAUGGGCGGAGACUGGGCGGGAAGCGAGAGAACGGAUCGGACCCUUCCCCUCAGGACGGGCACGCUGGCGGGUCACCCUCCCUCAGCUUCAGAUGGGCGAAGACGCUGAGAGCCCCAAGAUCAACCACACCUUCCUGCGAGACUACGUCACCGAAGCUGAUGUUAUCUCCACGGUGGAAUUCAACCAGACAGGAGACCUGCUGGCCACGGGGGAUAAAGGUGGCCGCGUGGUCAUCUUCCAGAGAGAAACUGAGUCUAAAGGGCAGUCCGAGGAGGUGGAGGAGACAGGGGACUCUGGAGAGUACAACGUCUACAGCACCUUCCAGAGUCACGAGCCGGACUUUGACUAUCUAAAAAGUCUGGAGAUCGAAGAGAAAAUCAACAAGAUUCGAUGGCUGCCACAGCAGAAUGCCGCACAUUUUCUCCUCUCCACCAAUGACAAGACGGUGAAACUGUGGAAGGUGAGCGAGCAAGACAAGAGACCGGAGGGAUACAACCUGAAAGAUGAGGAGGGCAGACUGAAGGACGUGUCAACCAUCACCUCUCUGCAGGUGCCGGUACUGAGACCCACGGACCUGAUGGUGGAGGUGCGGCCCAGGCGGGUGUUCGCCAACGGACACACCUACCAUGUCAACUCCAUAUCGGUCAACAGUGACGGCGAGACCUACCUGUCCGCCGACGACCUGCGCAUCAACAUGUGGCACCUGGGUAUCACCGACCGCAGCUUCAACAUCGUGGACAUCAAGCCAGCCAACAUGGAGGAUCUGACAGAAGUGAUCACAGCAGCAGAGUUCCACCCUCAACACUGCCACCUGUUUGUGUACAGCAGCAGUAAAGGGACUCUUCGCCUGUGCGACAUGCGAGCGUCUGCACUCUGUGACAAACACACCAAAUUGUUUGAGGAACCCGAGGAUCCAGGCAGCCGCUCCUUCUUUUCCGAGAUCAUCUCUUCUGUGUCAGACGUGAAGUUCAGCCACAGUGGACGCUACCUGCUGACCAGGGACUACCUCACCGCCAAGGUGUGGGACCUGAACAUGGACAAGGGCCCCGUGGAGACGUACCAAGUCCACGAGUACCUGAGGAGUAAGCUGUGCUCCCUCUACGAGAACGACUGCAUCUUCGACAAGUUUGAGUGUGUGUGGAACAGUUCCGACAGCGUGAUCAUGACCGGCGCCUACAACAGCUUCUUCCAGAUGUUCGACAGGGAGACGGGGCGAGGCGUGACCCUGGAGGCCUGGCGGGAGAGCAGCAAGCCACGGGCCGUGUUGCGCACCCGCCGCGUCUACACCGGCGGCAAGCGCCGGCGCGGCGACGUGGGCGUGGACAGCUUGGACUUCAGCAAGAAGAUCCUGCACAUGGCCUGGCACCCGUCCGAGAACAUCAUCGCCAUCGCCGCCACCAACAACCUGUACAUCUUCCAGGACCGCGUCAGCCCGGAGGCGCACGGGCAGUGACCGGAGCACCCGGGCAGUGACCGGAGCACCCGGGCAGUGACCGGAGCACCCGGGCAGUGGCCGGAGCACCCGGGCAGUGGCCGGAGCACCCGGGCAGUGGCCGGAGCACCCGGGCAGUGACCGGAGGCGUACGGGCAGUGACCGGAGGCGUACGAGCAGUGACCGGAGCGCCCGGGCAGUGACCGGAGGCGCACGGGGCAGUGACCGGAGCGCCCGGGCAGUGACCGGAGGCGCACGGGCAGUGGCCGCAGCACCCGGGUAACUGUUCACUUCGCAUAAACUGCCCGCAGGUGAGCUUCGGACGACACUAAUCGUAAGACAAGAGGACAUGUUUUUGGUCCCGCCCACUUUUUGUAAAAGAGGUGCAGGGCCGCCUCUACACAGCCACAAAGAUUGUUGGGUCCUACAAAAAAGUUGGCUUACUUUUUGCCUCGUCCCUCACCUAAACCGGGACUGAAGAACGCACCACCGACCCAUGGCUGCGGCUCACGGACGCCACCUGGCGGUUGUUUGAGCACGCCCCACCCGGCCCUGGAUAGGCCCGCUCCUUGACGCUUCGGUCGCACGCAGGAUUCUCACAGAAAUGAGGCGAAAACUCAACCGCACCUGCUGUAUGUACCGUAUUUUCCGGACUAUAUAGCCGUAUAAGUUGCAUCCACCGAAUUUUAGAACAAAAACAAACACGUUCCAUAUAUAAGCCGCACCUGACUAUAAGUCGCAAAUAUAUACAUUGUGUAGUGAUUUAAUUUACACAUAGUUUGCACAUUUUUAUUUACACUCCUUAAUUGUUUUUAAGCGGCAGUAAAACGGCUGAGCAAACAAAACAGAAGUCACGGUCAUGGACCCGCUAGCUGCGGAAGCUAGUUCUCCAAUCAGUUAAACGGUUUAUUUACAUUCCUUACAGGUUUCCGAACGGCAGUAAAACGGGAGGUCGAACAAAACAGAAGUCGUGGCCGUGGACCCGCUAGCUGCGCAAGCUAGCUCGCCAAUCAGCUAAACAGACAACGGUGACGUUUUGGUGAAUUUUACGAAACUGAAAUAACACAAAAGUUAAUAAUGCUAACACAGACGCUUGUGAACAUGUUAGCGUAUUAGCUAACGCUAACAAUGCAUUGCAAUAGCAAAUACAGAUAUGCAUGAAAACACUCCUACAGACAUCACACACGGGACAGUUUUUUAGUAAGUCGGAAUUAUUUUAGUUAUAUUGUAAAACUCACAAAAACGUUGCUCGGAGUGAUGGAUGAAGAAUCCAUACGAGUAGCCGACGGCUCGAAGACCGAACGGUACUUCUACUUCCGGUUGAAAGCUCAGUCUAAACAGUGGGAAAACUAGUCCAAAAGAUGACGCCACAGCCCUAACAAUGACACACUUUUUCCGUGUCUUUGCCUGCGUUUUGUUUUGAAAAACUAUUUGCCUAAUGGCCAAUGCCGAAGAAAAACUCAUAAAUUGACCGCGUCGUAAGUAAGUCAGAAUGGUUUUAGUUAUAUUGUAGAACCUACCAAAGUUGCUUGAAGUGGUGAAUGAAGAAUCCAUACGAGUAAAAACGCUGCGGACGGCUAGAAGACAGAACGGCACUUUUACUUCCGGUUGAAAGCUCAGUCUAAACAGAGGGGCACCUGCAGUCGGAAAACUUGCCCAAAAGAUGGCGCCAUAGCACUAACAAUGACACACUUUUUCCGUGUCUUUGCCUGCGUUUUGCUUUUAAAAACUAUUUGCCUAAUGGCCAAUGGCGAAGAAAAACCGCUAAAUUGGCCGCGUCGAAAGUAAGUCCGAAUUGUUUUAGUUAUAUUGUAAAACCUACCAAAGUUGUUUGAAGUGAUGAAUGAAGAAUCCAUACGAGUAGAAACGCUGCGGACGGCCAGAAGACAGAAUAGUACUUUUACUUCCGGUUGAAAGCUCAAUCUAAACAAUGGGAAAACUCGUCCAAAAGAUGGCGCCAUAGCACAAAAAAUGACACACGUUUUCCGCAUGUCUGCUUAAUUUUAAAAACGUUUUGCCUCAUGGGCGACGGCGAAGAAAAAUUCAUAAAUUGGCCGUGUCGUAAGUAAGUCAGAAUGGUUUUAGUUAUAUUGUAAAACCUACCAAAGUUGCUUGAAGUGAUGAAUGAAGAAUCCAUACGAGUAGAAACGUUGCGGACAGCCAGAAGAUCGUUUUAGUUGUAUUGUAAAACCUACCAAAGUUGCUUGAUAGUGAUGAAUGAAGAAUCCAUACGAGUAGAAACUGCGGACGGCUCGAAGACCGAACGGUACUUCUACUUCCAGUUGAAAGCUCAGUCUAAACAGUGGGAAAACUCCCCUAAAAGAUGGCACCAUAGCACAAACAAUGACACACUUUUUCCGGCGUCUCUGCUUGUUUUGAAAAACUAUUUGCCUAAUGGCCAAUGCCGAAGAAAAACUCAUAAAUUGGCCGCGUCGUAAGUAAGUCCGAAUCGUUUUAGUUAUAUUGUAAAACCUACCAAAGUUGCUUGAAGUGAUGAAUGAAGAAUCCAUACGAGUAGAAACGCUGUGGACGGCCAUAAGACAGAACGGCACUUUUACUUCCAGUUGAAAGCUCAGUCUAAACAGAGGGGCACCUGCAGUGGGAAUACUCGUCCAAAAGAUGGCGCCAUAGCACAAACAAUGACACACCUUUUCCGCGUCUUUGCCUGCGUUUUGCUUUUAAAAACUAUUUGCCUAAUGGCCAAUGCC